GGUAUGUCGGAGUGACCUUUACUGAGUGCUGACCGGCUUUGAUCACGUGACCUGAGAUGGCGAAACGACUCGAUGACGUCAUGUCCCGCCUGGGGACCGGCCGCUGGAACCUCCUGCACAUCAUCUCCCUCUCUUACUGCUUUUCUCUGACCACAUACCACACCCUGGGCGGCGCCUUCCUCGCUCCCCGAGUGGACUACACCUGCCGCCCGCCCGAGGGCGCCCACGACGCGACCGCCGCCCGCGCCGCCUCGACGCUGUUCAUCCCCGGCGGCGGCAACACUUCGAAGGAAGCUAAACCCGAGUGCAGUUACUUCGUUCUGAACUCGUCCUCGGGCCAGGUCGAGGAGGAGGAAUGCGCCGAGUGGGACUUCGACAACUCCACCUUCAGCUCCACCGUCGGCAGUGAGUUUCAGCUUGCCUGCGGGUGGGAGUAUCUCCGCUCGACGUACCAGAGCAUCUACAUGUUCGGCGUCACGAUCGGGGCGCCGUUUAACGGGGUUCUGGCCGACAGGUACGGGCGGAAGAUGACGGUGGGCGUGGGUUUCGUCGCCUACGCCGCCCUGGCCAUCGGCUCCUGCUGGAUCCCCAACCUCUCGGCUCUCCUGUUCUCGCGUUUCCUCAUGGGCGCCGUCCACCCCACGAUACAGAAGACGGGAUACAUUCUAGGCAUGGAGGUCGCGGAUCCCAAGUGGCGCACGCAUAUCGGCAUUGUUUUGUUCCUGCCGUGGGCGCUCGGUCUCAUUGCGUGGGGCGGCUUCGCUUAUCUCGUCCGUGAAUGGCGGAUGCUGCAGCUGACGGUGUCUUUGCUGUGCCUGGUGUUCUUGCCUACCCUAUGGUUCAUGGACGAGUCGCCUCGGUGGCUGGCCGUGCGGGGGCAGCACCGGCGCGCCCUCCGAGUGCUGCAGAGGGCUGCCAGGUGGAAUGGGGUCGCCCUCCCCCCCGAGGACGAGCUCCUGCUCCUGCUCAAAGACGGGGUCAAGGAUGAGGCAAUGGAACACCCCCCUCAAGGCGCUCACGCCCACGGCCCGAAAGGGUGGUUCGGAAGGCAUUUGGAUGAGGCAUUUAUUCUUUUCAGAACGCCCCGCCUUCGCACCAUCACCCUGAGCCUGUACUGCAACUACCUGCUGGUGGGCGCCGUGUACUUCGGCCUCUCCCUCAGCGGCGGCGACCUGAGCUCCGACCCGUUCCUGUACAUGGCGCUGACGGGGGUCGUGGAGCUGCCGGCCUACACGCUGGUCAUCCCCCUGGUGGCUCGCUACGGCAGGAGGGCCCCCGUCGUCGCCUUCUUCUUCAUGGGCGCCGUGGCUCUUCUGGCGUUGCCCUUCGUGCCUACGGGAACUGGAGAAUCGAUGACUUUAGCCCUUAUGGGGAAGAUGAGCAUCGCCUCAGCCUUCCAGAUCCUCGACUUCUAUUCCUCAGAGCUCUUUCCCACGGAGGUCAGGACGAGGGGCAUGAGUACUGCCCUUGUUAUGUCGAGGGUAGGGUCCACCUGUUCGCCUUUCAUCACGGACUACCUGGGCCCGUUGUACCCGUGGGCGCCGUCAGCUGUGUUCGGGGCGGCGUCGGUGCUGGCGGGCUUGGCUACCCUCGCCCUGCCGGAGACGUUGCGCGUGCCUCUCCCGGACACCAUCGCGCAUCUGGAGGAGAGGGAGAUCAGGACCAGCGGUCUUCUGCGACUCCCUGUUCGCGACCCGAGAAUCCCGUCCAUUUACAUCAGUCAAGUGGAUUAGGGAUUUCGCUCCAACAUGAAAGACUUUCUGAACUGCUUUGUAUGUGUAGAAUAGUUUCGAUGGCGUCUCAAAUUCAAAUUAAAAUGAUGUAGUUAUAUCAUGAUUCGCGUCAUUGAUAACAAACGACACAAUGGGUGAGUCACAAUGGAGUCUUUAUAUAUAUAUUUUUUCCGUAUAUCACUCUUAAUUACAAAUGAAUAUAUAUGUGAUUAUUAUGCGCCACAUGUCCUUUACUAAUACCUUUUGACCUGUUUUCUGAUUGCCUCACUCUGGUGCGUAAUUAGUAAUUAGCAAUUACCCCCAUUCAUUAAAAUUAUUUUGAAAGGUAGGGUAUGUAAAUAUAUAGUGAAUUGUCAGAUAAAGAAUGAUGGGUGGAAGAAAAUGCAAAUGCAAAUUUCUUUAUUCUUUCAAAAUCAUUUUCUCUCAUCUUAACAUUACGAAUCACUGUGAAUCACUUUCAACUGCAAGCAUUAAUAUCAGAUUGUCGUAUAAAAAUGUAUUAUAAUAAGAUAGUAUACAAAUAUUCUUACCAAGAAAAUAAACAUUAUGUGC